GAAAGCAAUGGCUAAGCAUCGCUCGCAGAGCCGCAGGUCGUGUGUCUUGACAGCCAUGGCGCUCCUUCUGCAAACCAUAAGUGUGGUGUGUGUGGAAAAUACGACUGCGUACGAUGGCAGCGGUGAACGGGCACCAAGAGUCUGAGUCGGAGCACUUCUCACCGUACAGAACCGACGGGAAGCUGUAUGGCUUCGUCUGCGUAGUCACGGGCGCGACACAGCCUGUAGGCAAAGCCAUUGUAAAAGAGCUCGCAGCCCACGGUGCAGCAUGCAUCUAUGCCUGCUCCUCCUCGCCAAGCGAUGACUAUGCGGGCCUGGCAGACCAAGUCAACAAGGAGUACCCGAGCACGAAAGUCAUAGGGUAUCCAUUCAAGCUUGCCAACGAAGAGGAUACUCUGGCUUUGAUAGACGAUGUGCUCAACGCGUGGGGACGCCUGGACGUCUAUGUCACCUCUUCCGGUCUCUUGGGUCCGCCGUCAAUAACCGAGACCACUCCGGCGGACUUGUACAAGCUCUUCGAAGCCAAUAGCAUGGCACCGUUCUUCGCGCUCAAGUACGCCCCAGCUGCGAUGGGCAAGACGACGCCGAAAGGCAACUAUCCCAACGCCGCACCAAAGGACCAAGCAUAUGGUAGCAUAAUAGUUGUCAGCAGUGUGGCUAGUACAUACGGUGGUUGCUGGGGACCCGGACUGACUAUGAGUUCGCAUGCGGCUCUCGGCGUCGUCAAAGCGGGCGUUGCCACACUCAAAGGCACCGGAGUGCGCAUAAACUGUAUAUCCCCUGGGCAGAUUGAUAUUGGUGUAGAUCUCAAAGGCUUCGACAUGCGCGGCCUGAGCGCGCAAUUCCCACCCAGCAGUUUACAAUCGAAGAAAGUGCAGCAUGAGAUUGUCGGCCUGGAGCGAGCCGGUCUGCCGAUGGAGGUGGCGAGGGUGGCAGGCUUCUUAGCAAGUGGCUUCAGCUCGUAUAUCACUGGACAUAAUAUGGUGGUAGACGGUGGGGCGAGCGUAAUGAAUCCGCUGACAGUGCCUAUAUAGACGACUCGCAGGCUUUGUACAGCGACACCAAGAAGACGCCAUCAUGUUGCGCGGACAUUUUGCGCCCUUACACAUCAUCCGCUUUGUCGUGAAAUAACGUCAAAAAAACCCACGCUGUAACGCCGUUGCAUGCCUUGCUUGAACGCAGCCGAACGCGAGAAUCAUCUGUACGUAGGCAUG